CGCUUUGGAUCCGGCCGGCCUUCCUCGGGCUCGCAGACUCUUAUAACCCUUGUUUUCCUUCUCUUCUUGCGUCUUCAUUCUUACUAUACUAUAAUACACCAUGUCUCCCUCCCUCGACAGUCUCAAAGCCCGGCCAGAGACCAUCAAACCAGACCUGGCAAAGUCAGUGCCUACCGUCGACUCGCUCACCCAAAUCUACUCGACCGCAGAUCUUGCUCUGCAGCAGGAGCGAUGGCGCAAGCUCGAACUCGCCUUUGAGCAGCUCUACCCCGGCGAGGAAAUCACGUUCAUUGCGCGGUCGCCGGGUAGGGUCAACCUGAUUGGCGAGCAUAUCGAUUACUCGCUCUUCGACGUCCUGCCGAUGGCUAUCACCCAGGACGUGCUUAUCGCGGUGCACGUCGGCUCGCCAGACGAUAAAAUCAGACUGGCCAAUACCAGUUCCCGGUUUGGCGUCCGGGAGUUUGACGUUGGCGGCAUCCGCGAUGUGCAGAUCGACUCGACCGUGCUCGAGUGGUCAAACUACUUUCUCUCGGGAAUCAAGGGCGCCUACGCCACAGACGAGACUAUCAAAGUCCCCAGCAUGCACUGUCUCAUCGACGGCUCCGUUCCUACUGGUGGCGGCCUGUCGUCUUCUGCUGCGUUUGUCAGCGCCGCGCUGCUCUCAGUCCUGGCCGCCGCCAAAGCGUCGUCGUCAUCAGCAGACUCUCUCUCCGCCGUCGUCUCCAAAUCAGAUCUCGUCACGGCAGCUGUCAUAGCCGAGCGGAACGUGGGCGUGAACUCUGGCGGCAUGGAUCAGGCUGCGUCGGUGUUUGGUGUUCCGGGGCAUGCGCUCCGGGUGCAGUUUUCACCUGAGCUCAAGCCGAGCACGGUUGCGUUCAAGGGCGACUCGUUUGCGUUUGUGAUUGCAAACACGCUGGUUGUGGCGGAUAAGCAGGUUACGGGUCCGAUUCAUUAUAAUCUGAGAGUCGUCGAGACUACGCUUUCAGCUGAGAUCAUGGCCCGCGUAUGCGGCCUUGGUCCGCUGCCUAUCCGAGACGGGUUCGGCGGGACUUGGAGGGGAGUGUACGACAAGUUUGCAGAGAAGGGGGUUGACAUGGACGGCAUCAUUGCGCGGAUGAAGGACGUGUUUGAGAAGGAAGAAGGGUACACGUUGACCGAGGCCGCGGAGAUGAUGGGCACGACCGAGAAAGAGCUAAAGGACAAGUACAUGAGUCGCUUCCCGGUUCACUUUGAGCGGCUGCAGUUCCGCAAGCGGGCGCUCCAUGUGCUCGAGGAAGCUAAGCGGGUUGAAACAUUCUGCUCGAUUCUGAAUUCCUCCGAGUACGAGGGCGAGGACGAUGAGUACUUGUCUGCUCUUGGAGAGAUCAUGAAGCAGUCGCAUGAGAGCUGCCGGACGCUGUUCGAAUGCAGCUGCGAUGAGCUAAACACCGUUACCUCGCUGGCGAUCAAGAGCGGUGCGUAUGGAAGUCGUCUGACUGGCGCGGGAUGGGGUGGCUCGACAAUCAGUCUGGUGGCGAAGAGUAAGGUCGAUGGACUGAUCAAGACGCUCAAGGAGGAGUACUACGCUAAGCGAUGGCCGCAGUUGACCGAGCAGGAACUGGCGGAGGCUAUUUGUGUGAGCGAGCCUGGGUUGGGCUCUGCCUUGUACGUAGCUUAGAUAUAUGUGAUGUUAUUUUGCGAAAGAAGUUUGAUAUAAAUAAGAGAAUCCCCACCACACCCAAUGCCUGACCAUGAACAAAUAAUAAUACACAAUAUUUCCAAA